CGCAUCGAGAUUUUCUUCUUUUAUUCUUCUAUAUACCGGAAAAAACACCUUUUGCUUUUGGAAGCAUUGUAUAUUUGUAUUUGAAUUUAAAAUUGAAAGUUGAUAAUCCACAAAAUAAUAAUGAAAUAUGGAAAACAUGAAACAGUCGCACCAACUCGCCUGCCAAAUCAGUACUCAGUCACUAGCCCGACAGCAUUGACUUUCUCACUCUGAAAGUCAUCAGCUAAAUAUUGAAGGCGGCCGGUGUCCAUUUAGCACACAAACGAUCACAGACACUCUGAAAACACAGACAUGGAACUGGAAGUCAUUCAAGUAAUCCGACAAUGGAUGCAAGGAGAAUUCAACAACUUCAUUAAGGUAUGGCUUCUGGAAUUCGCAUCCUUGUGCUAUUGCUAUUUUGCUGCCAAAAUUGUCCCAAAUAAACCAUUCCUCAAACUCCUCAUUUUCCUUCCUGUCGUGAUCCUCAAUCUCAUCCUCCCAUUCAAUCUUCACACACUACACCUCGGAAUCUCCACCGCUUUCUUCUUAGCUUGGCUCUGCAACUUCAAACUCCUCAUGCUUGCCUUUAACACCGGCCCUUUGUCUGAUUCCUCUUUGUCCAUUUCCCAUUUCUUAGCCCUUGCUUGUCUCCCCAUCAAAUUCCACAAUCAAAGUUCAGUUGGGAAGAAGACUGAUUCUAAAGAGAACCCUUCAUUGGAAAAACGAAAAGGCCUCAAAUCAAUUUGGAAUUAUGGGAUCAAGUCUCUGCUCAUUCCUCUGUUUCUUAAAGUUUACGAUUAUGAAGACUAUAUAGUUCAAAUUCAUCCAAAGCUUAUGCUGGUGGUUUACACUGUUCAUAUCUACGUUGGAUUGGAAAUCUUACUGGCGAUUUUUGGAGGUUUAGCUCGAAUUUUUCUGGGCAUAGAACUUGAGCCUCAGUUUGACGAGCCAUAUUUGUCAACGUCCCUGCAAGACUUCUGGGGAAGGAGAUGGAAUAUUAUGGUGACACGUAUACUGCGCCCGUCGGUCUACGAACCGGUUCGUGAGUUCUCUAAACGGGUUGUGGGCCGAAAAUGGGCCCCUUUACCAGCUAUUUCGGCGACAUUUAUGGUGACGGCCAUUAUGCACGAGCUUGUUUUCUUUUACAUGGGCCGACGGUGGCCCACUUGGGAGAUUUCGGCUUUUUUCUUCCUCCAUGGUCUGUGCUUGGUACUUGAGGUUGGAGUGAAGAAACACUUCGCCGGCCGUCGAGGUUUGCCCCGGGUAAUUGCUGCGCCGUUGGCCGUAGGGUUCGUGAUGGUCACCGGAUUCUGGUUGUUUUUCCCGGAAUUUUUAAAGAGUAAUGCGAUGGAGAGAGCAAAUGAAGAGUAUGCAGCUAUGGCUGGCUUCGUGAGGGAUGUUUGGAAGGCUUUGGUUCUCGAUUUUCAGAGUGGUAGUAAUGCAACUAGUUCGCGUUUUGCAUGAGAUUAUUGAUCUCGUUGUGAUCUUUUUUCCAGUCUAAUUUACCUAUUGUUGCUCAUAAUUUGGAUAAAGUGCCGUAUCUUUUCCCUUGCUUUCAUCUCUUCCAAGUGAAUGAAAAGCCAACCAAUUAGUGGUGACGGAACAAGAACUAUUAAAUUGUGGGGUCAAAAAUAGGAUAAUUUAACCACGACUAAGGAAUUAAAUUUUUAAUUAACAGACAUCCUACUAAGAAAAAAUUAGGUCAAAUUCGACCGUUCAAGGGUCAAUCGACCACCUGACCCCCUUACAGUAUUUAAAAACUCUAAUGUAGUCA